AUGCCGUCUUAUUCUGGGUUCAGUCGGCCAAGGAAGUCGACAAAGUCGUCUGGAACUUCUACAAUUUCCACCGGCUCGAAGAGUUCCAAGUCCCCCGUCGAGAAGUCUACCAAGAAAGAUAGUCCCCAGAGUCCCCGCGCUGUCAAGAACGCGGAUUCUAAUGGCUCUGGCUAUACUUCAAAGGCGCAGCCUCCGCCGCCGCCGCCACCUCCUCCGGCUCCUCCAGGAGCCAAGGCGAAGGGCGGCAAAGAUGCUGACGCGCUGAAUGUGUUUGAGUAUCUUGAAACAGAGAGUGAGACCGACAGCGACUCGGAUAUCACAUCAUCGGAUGACGAUGACCUACGGCCUCCGUUCCCGCCCAAUUCUAAACCACCCAAGGCUGCUCCGACCAAUCGACAGCCAAACACAGCUGUUCCAGUACAGAACCGCAACCGGACGUCGUCUAUGAAAUCCAAAGAUUCACAACCACCCGGCGCAUUCGAUGCCUCGCCGCCCACCGUGCCGUUGCAGCUCGCUCGACACAGUGCCGCCAAUCGACGACCUUCCACUGAUGGAACAAACAGCGUUGUUGGGUCUGUCGCUGAGUCCUUUGACGGCUCACUUCCGCCUGAGCACCGGAAUCUAGAGCUGGUUCCAGAAGACUAUUACCCUAGGGCGUCCACUUCCCUACGGCGAACCUCAUUCCCCCCUUCACCUCCCCAAAGCCCUGAGGAGGACGUGCAUCGUUCUAGUCGGAAGCUUAGACGCAAUACAAAACCAUCGCGACUUCCAACGGGAUACGGGCUUCUAGCAUGGCGGUUAAGUGCCUCAGCGGAGAACAAGGAAUACACUCUCCCUCCGCUCUAUCGUCGCUUCGAAGAUGUUAAUCAUCGUGUGCUCCUGUAUCUCCAGGAUGAAAUUUCCCAGCUGGAGGAGGAGCUCCGGAUGCUGGACGAAUAUGAAGAAAUGCAGCGGAGAGGGGCCGCUGAACAGGAGGGAACCAAGGUGAUGCCUGCCUCACGCCGUUUGGACGUACAGGCACAGGCCUACUCGUCCCUCCACUACAGGCGCGAAGAGGUCAUGGGAGCAUUGAUUCAGAAGACAGAGCAAUACAAUAAUGCUCUCGCUGCCUAUAGUAAAGUGCUGCAGACGCUGCCUCAGGCUGCGGGUUCCGACGUCGAAACGUAUCGGAAAUGGAUGAAGGGAAACAACCCCGUUGCCAGCAAUGAGAUGCGCUUUCUCGACCAUCCAAAGGAUUUGGUCUCACUCACACCGCAAACUGCUUCCGCCGACUCUAAAAUAACGCCUCCUGUCUAUUCUGCCAUCGUCAUUGCCUCUGCGGCUAUCAUCCUCCCGUUGCUAGCCUUUGGUAUGGUCCGAGAGUUCGCUGGUCGAAUCCUCGUCGUCGCAAUGGUUGGUGGUACAUCUUCUGCCAUGGCAGCGCACUACUCUCGUGGGACAGAGCACUUGGUCAAAUCGCAGGAUGGCUGGCGGGUUGCUGGCUUAUACUUCGGGUUCAUGACCAUCGCUGCACUAUUUAUGUCUUGA